AUGGCUUCGCCUUCGGUGCCGGAGGACCAGGCCCGUCUGCUGGAAGAUGCCCUCGUCGCCGUGCGACAGCAAACCGCCUUGAUGCGGAAGUGCCUGGAUACGCCUGGGAAGUUGAUGGACGCUCUUAAGUGUUGCUCUACCCUAGUUUCCGAACUUCGAACAUCGAGUCUUGGACCUAAACAAUACUAUGAGCUCUAUAUGGCUGUGUUCGACGCUCUACGCUAUCUCUCGGUUCACCUCCGCGAGAACCAUCCCGUCAACCACCUCGCAGACCUCUACGAACUCGUCCAAUACGCCGGCAACAUCGUACCAAGAAUGUAUCUUAUGAUAACUGUCGGGACCGCCUACAUGUCGAUCCCAGACGCUCCCGUCAAAGAGUUGAUGAAGGACAUGAUGGACAUGAGCCGCGGUGUGCAGCACCCCAUCCGGGGCCUGUUCCUGAGAUAUUUUCUUUCCGGCCAAGCAAGGGACUACCUGCCGACCGGAGAUGGUGACGGCCCGGAAGGCAACCUCCAGGACUCCAUCAACUUUAUUCUGACCAAUUUUGUUGAGAUGAACAAACUCUGGGUAAGGUUACAACACCAGGGCCACUCGAGAGAACGGGAACAACGAAGCCGCGAGAGGAAAGAGCUGCAACUUUUGGUAGGGAGCAAUAUUGUGAGGUUAAGCCAGCUGGUUGACCUCGAGACGUACAAGAACUCUAUCCUCGGCCCCCUCCUUGAACAGGUUGUCCAAUGCCGCGAUGUCCUAGCCCAGGAAUAUCUCCUCGAGGUCAUUACUCAGGUCUUCCCCGACGAGUUCCACCUUCAUACUUUGGAUCAGUUCCUCGGCGCCGUCUCGCGCCUGAACCCCCACGUGAACGUGAAAGCCAUCGUGAUCGGAUUAAUGGACAGACUAUCAGAUUACGCCGAGCGCGAGGGCAAGAACGAACCGAAUGAGGAUAGGGCAAAGAUCGAAGCGGACGCCCUCGCUUCCUUGCUUGAGACCGUCAAGUUGAGAAAGGAGAGUCUGGCGCCCUCGGCUGCUAACCCCACCGCCACUGCCACGGCUGCCGCUGCCGCUGUCGAGGCCGAGAAUGCGGACCACCCUCCCAGGGAUGGAGACACGAAUGGGAACACUGUGGCAGAAGACACUGGAAAGAGUGGUGAUGAAGCGCCAAAGGAGACUCCCGAAGCUACCGAGGGCGAAUCCUCCGCUGCCCAACCCGAGGCUGGCGCCGAGAAUACUACCGCAGAUGCCAACGGAUCCGAAAAGGACGGAGCCCGGCCGGGAAUCCCUACCAAUGUUCAUUUAUACGAGAUAUUCUUCACGCAAGUUCAGCAUCUCGUAGGCGCACAGCACCUUCCGAUCCAGGACACGAUCGCUCUCCUCGUGUCAUUGACGAACCUCGCUCUCAAUAUUUACCCCGAUAGGCUGGACUACGUCGACCAGAUUUUCGACUACGCUCUCCUGAAGGUCAGGGAGCACGCGAACAAUGCCGACCUCCAUUCCGCGCCUGCCCAGAACAGCCUGCUAGCUCUUCUUCGCGCUCCGCUGACCCGCUACGUUUCCAUUUUCACCGCGCUUUCUCUUCCCACCUUUGUUCCCCUCUGCCAAGCGCAAGGCUAUCCGACUAGAAGAGCGUUGGCGGGAGAGGUUGUGCGGACCCUCCUAAAGAACAGGACACCCAUCUCGACGAUCCCGGAACUCGAUAGUGUGCUGGAAGUGCUGAAGGUCAUCAUCAAGGAAGGAUCCCAGUCAUCUGGAGGCUAUCCCGUGGCUGGCCAACGGCGCGCGGAGACGGAUGAGACUCUUGAGGAGCAAGGAUGGCUUGCCCGGGUUGUCCAUCUCCUACAAAGCAAAGAUAACGACACGCAGUUCCGCCUACUACAAAUAACGCGAAAGUCGUUCUCGGAAGGCAACGAGAGGAUCCGCACAACGACGCCGCCGCUCCUCACUGCCUGCAUGAAGCUAGCGCACAGGUUCAAGGCAAAGGAGCACUACGUGGACAACUGGGAGACGCAAAGCAACGCCCUCUACAAGUUCAUGCACUCGGCCAUCAGCACGCUGUACACCCGUGUCAACGGCGCCGGCGCCGCAGAACUGGCGCUCCGCCUCUUCUGCGCCGCCGGCCAGACGGCUGACAAGACCGGAUUCGAAGAGGUGGCGUACGAGUUCUUCGCACAGGCGUUCACGGUCUACGAGGAGGCCAUCUCGGACUCCAAGGCACAGUUCCAAGCGGUUUGCGUCAUCGCCAGCGCGCUGCACCAGACGAGGAAUUUCGGGCGGGAGAACUACGAUACGCUUAUUACGAAGUGCGCGCAGCAUGGCAGCAAGCUGCUGAGGAAACCGGAUCAGUGUCGCGCGGUUUACCUUGCUAGCCAUCUGUGGUGGGCCACGCCGCAACACGGACAGACGGAUUCGGAGAAGGAAGAACCCGAGCUUUAUCGUGACGGGAAGCGCGUACUUGAGUGUCUUCAGAGAGCACUCCGCGUUGCCGAUUCCUGCAUGGAGACCGCCACUUCCAUCGAGCUCUUUGUGGAGAUCCUUGACAGAUAUGUCUAUUACUUUGACCAAGGAAAUGAAUCCGUUACGACCAAGUAUUUGAACGGGCUCAUCGAGCUCAUCCACUCCAAUCUCGCUGGCAACCAGCAAGACUCUGCCUCGGUAGAGCACAGCAAGAAGCACUUCCACCAGACGCUCGAUAACAUUCGGAGCCGACAGUUUGAGGGCGUAGUCUUGUACCCGAGUUAG